GUUGGUGUGAGACGGAACUAAAAAUGAGAUGAAUUCAAAUGUAAACCUAAAUCAAACAAGACAGCAUGAUUUAAACUACCAAUUCAAUGCUACACACGGGAUUAGAAUAACGUACAUACUGUCAGAAUUUUGCUCAGGAAUACUUGGGAAAUAAUGAAUUACUAUUUGUUGAAGAAUAAUUUGUCUGAGAUAACUUAAACUCGUUAUAUCUAGAAUCGUGAUGAAUAACAAGUACUGAGCAGACAACACCAAGGGGAUACAUUUUCAGCCAGAAACGCCAAAACAGACUUGUUUAUUGAAAUUCAUUCCGAACCAAUGAAGAUCAUUUCCCAAGGUACUGGUGCAUUUAGAUACGAGAUACCAUCAAACAUCGAUUUGUUUUCCUAGUGGGAAAUAAAAAUGUCUUCCAAAGAAAUAUAUCGAGAUGUGAUCGAAGAACCGGGUGUUCGGUAUUCAAUGGUAGGAUUACAUAUUACUGGAAUUAUUCUCGCAAUGUGCGGAAACCUUCUCGUUGUAACGUUUAUCAUAUCUAAGAAAAUGUUUAAAAAACAUAUUACGAUGUAUUUGAUACUUAAUUUGUGCGUCUGUGAUUUGAUAUCGACACUUAUAUAUGAACCAAUUAGAUUGGUUGAUAUAUUCCUCCCGUUUGAGAAUUCAGCCCGUGGCACAUUUGUCACGCAGACGUAUUGCGAAAUCACGGGUUUCUUCCUGUGUUUUAUUGCGGGGGUUGGCUUCCAUACGAACGUUGCAAUCAGUCAAGAGAGACUUUUAGUGAUUUGUUAUCCGCUAAAAGCCAAGGCAAUCUACACGGCAGAAAUUACCAGGAAAAUGAUUGCUGUAAUUUGGAUUGUAUCUUUCUUUAUCACUCUACCUGUUCCGCUAUUGUUCAGCUUUGUGCAGACUGUCUCUCUUAACCAUACAAACAUCUCCAUGUGUUUCUAUAUUAUCAGCGACGAGGAGCAGCAAUCUGCCAAAAUCUACUAUGUUGCUAUAUUUGUGAUAUAUUAUGCAGUACCCGUCGUAAUUAUAAUCAUUUCAUAUACGAAAAUAUUCCACGUGUUGAACAAAACCACGGACUUCGGUCCGGGAGAAAGUAGGAAAAAUAUAGCAAAUACUGAAAAAUAUAUACGACCACGGAAAUCGUUGGCCAAAAUGAUGGUUUGUGUGGCUGUUGUAUUUACUGUUUGUCAUGGACCGCAGUUUUUUACAUUCUUAUACGUUUGCCUAGGCGGAAAGGUGACGUCACAUGGUAUAUUCCUACUUGUCUUACUGGAUUUAUUUCCUUUGUGUAGUUCUGUACUGAAUCCAUUUAUAUACGCACUUUAUUCAAGAACAUUUCAAAAUGGAUUAAAAUCUCUCAUAAAUAGACGUUUCAAAAAGAAAGAGCUUCAUUCAGGAAGCAGUUUCAAAUCAGAGGAGAAUCUUAAAUUGAAUGAUUGCAAUGCGCAUGCGCAAAGCUGCAGAGCAUCUUCCUCUAAUAUGAGGAUCAAGAAACAUACAAAGGAACAAAAUGGAUUAACCUUGCUAAAACAUUCCUCAAAGGCACAUGGUAGCCACGUUUCAGUCUCAAUAUCAACACCAACACCCAAAUCUACUCCGGAGUACCAAUGUCCAAAACCUCUUCUCAAGCAGGAUACAUGUAUGACUUUUGAUUUGGAAAUAUAUCCGAAUAAUGAUCACGAGGUUAAUGCCGAUCAUACACUAAAUAACGAUGUGGAGGACGAAAGCUGGAAUAAGGCGAAUACAAAUACAAAUCAAUCCUGAUUGAUAUGCUAUAGUAAUUGGAAUUACAACUACAAAAUGUGAAAUAAUAUUUAAUACUUUAUAAUUAACCUUAUACAUGUACUGUAUAUCAUAUCGUAUUAUACCAUGUAAUCUUAAUGAGUCGGUUUCUGAAACUGUUCAACUUUUUGGAUCAUAUAUGGAUCUCUU